AUGUCAGCAGCUCAGUCCGGGACCACUAGUGUCUCUACACAAUUUUUAGCAAACAUCAUUGGUAAGCCGGUUAGUGUAAAAUUAUAUUCUGGUAUGAUGUAUAAGGGUAAAUUAGAAUCUAUAGAUGGUUUCAUGAACGUUGCUCUUUCGAACACCUCAGAACAUUUUGAAAGCAAUGCUCAUAUGUUGAAGAGAUAUGAAAAUGACGUCUUCUUGAGAGGUACUCAAGUUAUGUACAUUAGUGAAGCUUAA